AUGGCGGACGUCAAUCCCCCUCAGCAAGCCGCCGCCAAGUUGGCAAAUUUUGCCAAUCUUCCUCCACCUGCUCAGGGCGCUGCAAUCACGCAACAGAUGCAGCAAAACCAGCAACAGAUGCAGCAGAUGCACGAGUACAAUUCUAUUGCCCGCCUUGAAAACUCUAAUAUCAGAAAAACCGACGACUUUAUGACCGCACUCCGUGACCAUACAACAAACGCCAAUAUUACAGAUUUUCCUGCCACACCCGCUCAGCUUUCGGAUAUAUCAGGUCUUGUGCUAGAUCAGGUCUAAACAGCACUAGGCCUGCCUACCAACGGCACGACCGCGGAUAAGAAGCAACGGCUGAGGUUCUACAUUGGAUUGGUGGAUAUACACUAGUGAUGAGGUAGGUGCUGGUAUACUGGAAUGGAUGGUCGGAAUAGAAUGAAUAUUGCUUCAAUUGCAGCUUGCAAAGGUUCUUUAGCUACAGAAGUGAAUGAUAGACGCAGACCUUGCAGC